AUGGACAACCUCGGUAAUAGCUGCUAUUGUAAUUCAGUAUUGCAGUCUCUCUACUUUUGUAGACCCCUGCGUGAACUCGUGUUGGCUUUGCCGUCGGAUGUGGAUAAGAGCAUGUAUACAGUUUUACGGGGAUUGUUCCAGGACAUUUCAACACAGCCUAAGCGUACUGGCGUUAUACAGACUAAAUCUUUUGUCGAAAAACUUCGACAGGAAAACGAGCUCUUUCGAAGUACAACACAUCAGGAUGCCCACGAAUUCUUGAAUUACUUACUCAAUAGAGUAGCCGAAGACCUCACUAGACUGACAAAAUCAAGCCAUACCCUCGUACACUCCUUAUUUGAAGGUACACUCACUAAUGAGACAAAGUGCAUGACAUGCGAGAAUAUUACCCACAGAGAUGAAAGCUUUCUUGAUUUAUCCAUAAACGUUGAAGAGGACUCAAACGUAACUGAGUGCCUUAGUAACUUCAGUGUCAGGGAAAUGCUUUGUCAGAAAAACAAGUUUUUCUGUGACUCUUGUGGUGGUUUACAGGAAGCUGAAAAGUGGAUGAGGAUAAAGAAGUUGCCUAAUAUCCUCGCUUUGCAUUUGAAAAGAUUUAAAUAUCAGGAAGAUCAAUCGAGGUACAUAAAAUUGUCAUACAGGGUUGCAUUCCCUUUCCUGCUUGAACCUGGCAGCUUGUCAAGCACAUGUCAAGGUGCGGAAAACAGCGAUAAGAUGUAUCGUCUCUUUGCUGUCAUUAUUCAUAUUGGAUCGGGACCGCAUCAUGGACACUAUGUUUCAAUUAUCAAGUCAUACGAUCGUUGGGUUUUGUUUGACGAUGACAAGGUUUCUGUAGUAGAUGAGCACGAACUUAGCAAAUUUUUCGGGAAUGAUCCCGCAGGCGAAGGUUAUGUAUUUUUCUACGAAACUGUU